GUCUGGGCCGGAGCCCUUUCACUCCUAAAGCCUAACGAAGCAGCACAGCCCCUUUCAAAAGAAGCGGCGCGUAAACGGAGGAGUUUUGCCUCCGCCCAUGACCCGUAGUGACAGAAGCGGAGCGGGGGAGGAAGGAGAGCGAGAAAGGCUCGGCGCUGAGGGAAACCCGGCUUCCUGCCUGGGAAGCGCAGCACGAGCCUCUCCGGAUGUAAAGCGCCGGCCUGAGAAACGCCGCCGCGCCGCGCUCUGUAGUCGAAACCGAUGGCUGGGGAAGCAGCUGGAAAACUACCUCUCCCGUGAUGCUUUUCGAAAGCAACCGCCUUUCUCUUUCCCUGCCUGAGGAGCCGAGGCACACGGCCCACAGAAGGGCGCAGGGCCCAGCGCCGAGCAUGGACGGGGGACCUGCGUGGUGCUGAUCGGAUCCCUGCCCGGCUGGUCGUGGCUCCCCGUCCUGGCGGCCCUGCUCCUCCGAGGGUAGGCGGCUGUCUUCUCCCUCCGUCGCGGGAACGGGGUCUCGGGCGCUUCCUCUGGCGUGGGGCUUUCUGAGCGAGGAGGCGCAAGACCGUGUCCUGAGGCAAGUCAUCGAGUGGAGAUGCACCGGGCUCCUGCUUUCUGCCUCGCCCCUUCCUGGCGCUUGGGCUUGGCCAGAAGAGGUCCCAGCCGGGUAUCUCAUGCCCACCCCCGCCAGCAACAUUGGCUGCUGCUGUUUAGACGAGGUCACGAAGAUGGACAUCGGGAUCUUCCGCCCCUGGGGACUCUGCAGCCUGAGGCAGUCGCCUCACCUUGCUUCAUGGGUGGCCCGGCCCUGGUCACCCGUGUUGCCUGCUGCUGCCUUAUAUUCUAGCAUAGGCGCCUCUCUCUCUAACCUUUCUCUCUCUCUCUCUCUCUCUCUCUCUCUCUCUCAUGAGAUUGUAGUCUAAUAUAGGCAGAGAAGCAAGUAAUGGAGGAGACGCAAUGAGAAGAAAGGUUGGGUGGAAUGGACUUGCAUGUUUCUUAACGUCAUGUUGCAGUGGAAACCUAUGGGGAGGAUGGGGCUGCUGCCCCCUCCCCAGCUGUGGAGGCCCAAUCCCCAGUGCCAAUGGGGCAGUGCCCCAGCAGCAUCAGUCCGGCCUUAGACAGCUGCCAGCCUAUUUGCCUUCUUAUAUUCAGUCCAGGGAGUGGCGCUUCCUGUCAGCUUCCUCCUCCUCAUAGAACUGAGCAAGGAAGAGCAGGAUGGAGACGAAACUAGAAUGGGAUGGCUCUAUCUCACGCUGAUCUUGGCGUGACCUGCUGUUGGCCUCCUUGUCUUCUGCCUUGCCAGCUGCAAUGGGCACCAUUCACCAUUCUCUCUCCCACUAAAUGGUGGGAAGUUAAGGCCAAAUAUCACAAAUGCAGAUUUGCUUGCAGAUUUGUUCUGGCAGCAGGUGUAGAAGUGCCUCCUGUGUCAUUUUGAGUGGUGUGUUUUUAAACAUGCCAUAUUGGUCAGAUCGAUCAGUUGCUUAGUGAAAGACAAUAAGCUUCAGAGUGAGCCAGUAAAAAUAGAUCAGCUAUACCUUGAAACUGUACUGAUUUCUAGCCAUCCAUGAAUUUAGAGCUAUUGCAUGCAAAUAUUUGAUUCAAGAUUAUUAAACUGUGGCAUCAAGAAAACAAGUGUAGUGUCUCUGAGGUUACUCUUGAUGUCAGUUUUGGCCACACUUCUAUGGCUGGUAAAUCCGCUUUGCUGUACUUAAAAUUAACAGCACAAACUGAGGAGCACUUUUCAAGACACUUCCUAGGCAAAGUGCCACUGAGAACUUAACCAGACUUUAAAAAAAUAAGCCUAUAAUUGAGCUGGUACCACCAUUUCACAGUCUUUGGUUUUCCUUAUCUGUUUGCUACAUCCUAAGUUUAUUUUGCAUAUUCCCUGAUGAUCAAUGCAUUUUUGAAAAAAACAAAACACAAGACCUACGGUGUGGGUCUCUCUGAGGAGCUUGAACAAAUGUAGUUGUAUUGUAGGACUUGGCUGUAGACAAUGGAUUAUGUGAUGUGCUCUGGGUGGAAACUGGAAGCAUAUAGAUAUGGGUCAUGGAUAGUGAGGUGGUCACGGAUUAUUUCUUAAUUAACCAAAGGUAAUAUAUAUGCAGUAAAGAAAAAAGUCUUAUUUUCAGAUGAACAGAAUAAAGGUUGAUGAGGAAGAAUACUGGCACAGUUCCAAGUGUAAAGCAUUUACGUUUGAUGAUGAAGAUGAUGAGCUCUUUCAGGUACAGUUCCUAGUCAGAACAAACUGAGAAUGCACUAUGCAGUGUCUCCUUGCCUGAAAUGUUAAGGGAAGCAGAAAUCUGCAUAUAGUGUAGUCUUUUUUAAAUUAUUGAUGGAUAUCUUUCCAUUGAAGGAAUUAAGAAAGUAAAAUUGAGGAAUUGCUAAACAGUGGUACCUCGGGUUACGUUACCUUUGGGAAACGUAAUUUUGAGUUACGGACGCAGCAAACCCAGAGGUAUAUACUUCUGGGUUUCGCCGCAUGCACAGAAGCGGCGCCUCCGCAUACGAACUUUUCAGGGUAAGUAUGGACCCUGGGACGAAUUAAGUUCGUAUCCGGAGAGUGCACUGUAUUUAUAUGAGCAGGAAGCAUCAUGUAUGAUUGAAUGUGUGCACUUCACAAGAUAUGUAGCACAGAACUGGGAUUCCUGAUCAUCUCAUUCUUCAUUCAUUAGCAGAACACAUUUCUAGCCCUUGUGGUUGUGAAGAUGUGCUUGAAAGUGAGCUUGCAUCUGCAGGUUCAGAAAUUUGGUAUCAUGCAAAAGCAUCUUUCCCUACAUCAUAGCCUCCAAUAGUCCUUACUCCAGAUAUAUAUUUUAGUCCUUUCUUGCCACAUCAUUUUUUCAAAAAUCUAUUUUCCCGCUACUAAAUUGUUCCCUGCCAAACCAUUUUAAUGUCUUAUAAAAGUUGAGAAAUGGGUACCCAAUAAAACAAUGUAAUAGUGCUGCAGGGCAAAUAUGCAUUAUUUUAAAUGAGGUGUGAACAUGGCUUGUAACGUUCUUUCACAAUUUGCAUCUGGUACAUAAGGAUUUGUCUGACUUUUUGUGGGUGGCAUGUAUCUAUAUCACUUUUAUCUAUAUUUUGAAAUGAAUAUUUUAGAUUUUUAAAACUAUUUAGAGAUCUUUUGUUGAGUAAGUGGUAUAUAAAUUUUGAUGGAUAAAUAAAUUCAGUUUGUGCACAAACAUAGAAUACAUCUGUUCUUGGGAUACCGGUUCUUUAGAAUGAAAGUGUACAGUCUAUCUGGAUGGAAUAGGGCUUGCCUUCAUUUUCACUUUGGUUUUGUUCAUAGCUGAAGGAGUCGAAACGAACAGUGAACAGCCUCCGAGAUAUUGUAGAUGAUGACGAUGAUCUUGAGAAGUUCAGCUGGAGUGGGGAGCCUGUGGGCAGUAAGUGGAGCAGAAUGUUUUUGCAUCUAUCACCCAUUCUUUUUUUCUUUUUCUUUUAAAUGAUAUUUAUUGAAAAUUUUAAAAUUACAAAAGAGAACAAAAAAGGAAAAAAGAAAGAAAAACAAAGAAAAGACAAACCACAGUCAAACAAUACAGAUUAAUAAAAAUCAAAAUCAAAAAAUAACACGACACAAUUAAAAAACAAAAAUAUACCACAAACAUUUAAAAACAAAUCCAAUAUUCUCAUAUCUUUAACUGUCAUUACCUUCUUUCUUUGACCUCCUCCUCCUCCCUUUUUUUGUAUCCUGAUUAUUAAUUGUCACAGCAAAUCCUUUCCAUAUUUCAUAAUAUUCUGUCAUUACUUUACCUUAAUCUAUUUUAAUCUUAUCUUAUUAUGAAAACCUUAAAACUUAAAACUUAAAUCUUAUUUUUACCAAUUUCUCAUAACCAUAAUAUUCUUACAUAAUUCUUUAAACAUUUUUGCUAAAGCCAAAUAAUUUCGUUCCAACAUUUUUCUAACAUUCAUCAAUUUUAUAAAACAAUCAUAAUAAAAGAAAUAACAAUCCAAUCUUCAUCCAGCGUCUCUUCCUCCUGGACCCGGGUUUUGUCAGUCCUUUCUAUCCCAUCAAUCUAGCGCAUUAACCUGGUAACCUUAUGUCCGAGGCCCUUAAGUCUCUUCCAUGUCCCUUCCGCAGCUCUUCUUCAUAUUUAUAGCUAUAUUUUCCUUUAUCUCCUACUUCUUUCACUCUUGGGAACUCCAGCUUAACAAUGCUUUUGACCCUUCUCAACAAAUCAGCCCCUUUUCCAUAGUCCCCACUAAGCUCCAUGUGGUAUUUAAGAACAUGUUUCAAAGACCCUCCAAAAUUGAGAGCCCCCACAACCCCAAACAUCUCACGGCCCAUUGCCAGACUCGAAAAGUCCAAACCUCCCUGCAUAGGGGGGUCUAUCCAACCCCCCAUUUCCAAACCAAACCAAACUUUAUCUUUCCAAAUCUGGCUUUUUCCAAGUUCAUUUGUCAAAUCCAAGAAUUCAUGUUCCUGCUGGGCCGCAGCUCCCUCCAUCCCUGGCGCCCAAGAUUCAGCAACAUCCUCUUCCUUCAUCUGUUCUGUCAGGGCACACUCCUGAUCUAAUUCCUGGGUGGGCUCUAUAUAAUAUCCCACUGCCUGUCCAAAAUUUCUAAUCGCAUCAGUCAUAAAAUCCGUCUUCUCAUGUAGCUGUUCCAGUAGGGCACUUGUUUUACAGAAAGCACUCAACAGAGCUUCUGAAUACAUUGUCCUGCAAGGUCAGAAGUCUAUUCCCACGAUCGUAAUCUGUAACAGCUGCGAGCUUCCCGAUUCAAAAUUGGUUACAGUUUCACAGGCUCCCUCUAGGGGAAAAACUUCUGCUUGUUCUUUUCUUUUAAAAACAAAUCUAACAACAAAGUUUCCUUUUUCAGAUAUUUUGUCAAUAUUUGUUCCUUUAAAAUGCGAAGGGGAACAAUGGAAUCACUAUGUAUCUCUUCCUUUAGCUAUCUGUCAAAAACGUUUGUCUCUGGUCAAUGAGCUUCAAAGAACGUCAGUCUUGACACCCCGCUCCAGGAUCAAGACAGUGGAAAGUUACUUUACUUUCCACUCACUUCUGCAGGUUUAAACAGUCCAGAAAAAAUCCCCCCUCUUCUCCUGCUUCCAAAGGGGGUUCCACAAUUUUAAAUGAUGAAAGUUAAUCCUUUAGAAGCGAUUUUCAGAACUUUAGUUUGCUGUGUCUUGCUUUAAUCUAUCUACAAAGAAACGGAAGGCUGACUUCCUGUUUAGACCUUCCCGUUUCAGUGCCAAAUUAAAUUAAACUUUUAAGUCCAGUUUUCCUUUCUGCUCGCAAAUCCUUAUUUAGAGUCCAAUUGUCCGAAACUUAAGUACUCACGGGUGGUUGUUUUAAAAGCCAAAUUGUCCCAGGAAAAAGGCAGCGCUCUCCGGCAACGGCUGUGCGGCUUCGCUCCACGGAAGAAGCAGUUGACUCACAGCACCGCGCCACUUCCCCCUCUUCGCUCCGGAGCCCAUUAGUGGGUUCCUUUGCGGGUUGGGGGGGUGCUAAAGGUGCCCGCUGAGUCCCAUGGUCACAGGCUUCAUCCGCCUGUGAUUUUUGAAUGGGUCCCCGCUUCGCCGUAGCGGAAAAGACCUGAUUCCCGUGGAGCUGGUCCCUCCAGUUCAGAGGGAAUCUGCCAUUGCCGAUGGCACCACCCCGGAAGUCCUAUCACCCAUUCUUUGAAUCUGAAUUUGAUUAUUUCUGUCCUCUGACAAGAAAAAUCUCAUUAGAGCUACAGUCGUUAGAGCUACACCUACUAGGAAAUAUGGCCUACUGAGGUUUAGUGUGCUUAACGUUGAGCAGGAAAAGUGUCUAAUGGUUUCAUACAUUAUCACAAUUGUUUAUUUUGCCUAUUGUGUGCUUGAAUUCCCUCUACCCGUUUCUGAUAAGUGGAAAGUGUGCAAACAAGAACAAACAAAUGCAGGGAGUAAAAUGACUGCUUCUUUCAAAAACAAGUAGAUUGAUGGUAUAUUGGGGGGGGGGGAAAUCCAAACCAUGGUGUGUUUUAUGAAAACUCGGCUUGUUCCUUCACUCAUUCUUCACUACUUACCCCAAAUCCUGAGUGCAUCAUUCCUAUGAGCCUCCCCAUCAAAGAAUUUCCCAUGAAGGUAGUCUGUGCUUUGAAUAUUCCUGAUUUUCCUCUGUUUUCCAAGAAAGAGAGUUUUUUAAAUAUCAAGGGUAGUUUAAGAGUUAAAUGUCUUGCAUGAGGUGAUGAUUUUGAAAAGCAAUACAUGAGAGCUAGGCCCAAAAUCAUGUAUUUCAGAAUCAAUAACCCUUCUCCGCUCUAGAAUUUUAAAGGCCUCAUCUUAUGCUUGCUAGAGAAUUUACUCGGAUUGUGUUCUUUUUCUCUCUCUCUCUCUCCAUAGGCAUUUCCUGGUCAAUCAAGGAGACCGCCUCCAGCAGCAACAAUACUGCUGAGGGAAAAGACUUGGGUGGGCAAAGAGGCUCUUCUUCAUACGGAGCAUUUCCCAAGCAAGCCUCUUCUUACUCACUGAGCAGCUUUUUCAAAGGUAGGACCUUUAUUGGGACUUAGAAUCACAGAAUUGUAGAAUUGGAAAGUACUGUAUUUUUCGCUCUGUAGCACGCUCCCGACCAUAACACGCACAUAGUUUUUAGAGGAGGAAAACAAGGAAAAAAACAUUCUAAACGAAACAGUGGAUGUAUGAUUUUUGUGGUUCAUGCUGUGGCCACAGACAUGUGAUCUGACAGUGAGUUUGGGGUAGCCCAAUGCAAAAAUCCUGAGGAUCCAUGUGGAUCCGUGCUUUGUAACCACGUUUUUGCACCACUGCGGCCCCAGGCAACAGUGGGUGCAUGAUUUUUUUGGUGCGAGCUGUAGCCAUGGACAUGCUAUGUGAUCUGAUGGUGAAUUUGGGGUGACCCAGUGCAAAAAUCCUGAGGAUCUGUGUGGAUCCGUGCUUUGUAACCAUGUUUUAAGUGGAGAGGGAAGGAAAAGCACUCAAGGGACAAGGAACACGCGUGGGGUGGGUGGAGAAGGAUGCUGUUAAUAAUGCAGAAGAGGGGUAUAAGAGGAGAAGGCUCUUAUAAGAGGAGUGGGGAGGAGAGAGAGAGAGACACAGAGAGCCUGCUUGAAAAAACUUUGCUGUUAUUUAGCGAGUGGGGAGGAGAGAGAAACAGAGAGCCUGCUUGAAAAAACUUUGCUGCUAUUUAGCGAGUGGGGAGGAGAGAGAGACAGAGAGCCUGCUUGAAAAAACGUUGCUGCUAUUUAGCGAGUGGGGAGGAGAGAGAGAGACAGAGAGCCUGCUUGAAAAAUCUUUGCUGUUAUUUAGCGAGUGGGGAGGAGAGAGAGACAGAGAGCCUGCUUGAAAAAUCUUUGCUGUUAUUUAGCGAGUGGGGAGGAGAGAGAGACAGAGAGCCUGCUUGAAAAAUCUUUGCUGUUAUUUAGCGAGUGGAGAGGAGAGAGGGACAGAGAGCCUGCUUGCUUUAAAGGAGCCAACCGGACAGGAGCUGCUUACACACGUGUAAGCGGCUCCUCUCCUCUCCCGCUUUGCUCCUUUAAAGCAAGCAGGCUCUCUGUCUCUCUCUCCUCCUCACUCAGCGGCUCUUCUCCCGCUUUGCUGUUUCAAAGCGAGCCACGGAGGAGGGAAGGAAGGGGAACCAUGGAUCCUCUGCUCAUGACCACAGCAGAUCCCCCCGCCAUCCGUAGGCAUUCGCUCCAUAAAACGCACAGACAUUUCCCCUUACUUUCUAGGAGGAAAAAAGUGAGUGUUAUGGUGCGAAAAAUACGGUACCCUGCAAGUUUUCUAGUUCAGCCCCCCACAAUGCAGGAAUCUCAACUAAAGCAUCCAUGACAGAUGACCAUCCAUCUGCUUAAAAGUGUCCAAGGAAGGAGAGAUCACUAGCUGCCGAGAGAGUCCAUUCCACUGUUGAAUAGCUCUUACCAUCAGAAAGUUCUUCCUGAUAUUUAGUUGGAAUCUCCUUUCUUGUAACUUGAAUUCAUUGGUUCAGGUCGUACCCUCUGGAGCAGAAGGAAACAAGCUUGCUCCAUCUUCCAUGUGACAGUCCUUGAGUUAUUUGAAGAUGGCUACCAUAUCCCAGGCUAAACAUACCCAACUCAACCAUUCCUCAUAAGGUUUGGUUUCUAGACCCUUAAUAAGCUUGGUCGCCCUCCUCUGCAUAUGAUCCAGCUUGUCAAUAUCCUUCUUAAUUUGGACUCCCAGAACUGGACACAGUAUUCCUAGGUGUGUAAUGGGUUUUCAGUGUGAGGUGAUAAAUCUAGCUUUCUUAAGCUUUUCUUACUUGCUCUUUCUUUUCAGGAAGAAACAAACAUGGGAGCUUUCAGUCACUUUCAGAUGGUAAGAAUCUAGAUCUUUGUCCCCAGAUUGCUUGAAUGGUUGGCUUCUCCUUGCACAGCAGUGGAAAUUGGCUCCACUUUCUCCAUUUCCCUGGCUAAAAUUCUGACCACCUCUCUCCUUGAGUACCGCAAGCUGCUUCUUUCUGGCUUUCCCUUCCCACCACAGUACUUCCAUAUCUAUUCAGAGCCCUACUUCCCAAACAGAAUAUAUGGGAAGGUAGCUAACAGAGAGUAGCAUCAGAGAUCAUUAUAUAACUGUACCCUUGAAGCUGGCACUCCUUGCUCCCUUUUGGCUUUUAGAAAGAAGGUGAUAAGUUGUGUUUGUUGCGGUUUAGUCAUCCAGGAUUUUCUUUCUAAUGUUUUUACAACUUCUGGUUGUAACUGGUGCUGUUUUAUUGUGACUUCAUAAUUUUGAUGGUGCUUCUGUUUCAAAUGCAGUGUUUUUGAGCUACUUGGUGGACCAAAAUGACAUGGAAAGGAGGGCUCUAAAUUGUGUGGUUCUUUUAUAAAAAAAAAUGCUGUCGUUCUCUCUUCAGCUCUUACAGACACAGGAUUUAAAAGUUACGCCCCAGAACUGCGCAGACCAAAAGCAGACUACAAGGUAGGUAUAUUUUUGGAAGCCUAGAUUCAGGACAACAUUAAGGGGCGAAAGGGUUUGAAGCUGCAAGCACUCCUCUUCUUCGCCCAAGGGCUGUCUUCUGGAUGCUCACUCCACAGAGAGUAGGGUUGUGAUGCUGUGCAUGCUUAUUUGAGUGUAAGCCUCAUUGAACAUACUUGGAUGAUGUCAGGAGGUUUACAGCACAAUCCUGUGCAUGUUCCAUUCUGUUCAAGUGGGACUUGCCCCCAGGUACUUGUUCACAGAAUUGCUGUCUUAGAAGUUCUUUACCUUUAAUAAGCAAGGAAAUUCUCUCUAGUGGGUGGAAAAGGAAAGUGGGGAACCAUGCUCCUGUGUUGUCCCUUUUCUGGAAACUGCCAUCAUAACAGUGUAUUAAUUUUGUCCAUUUAAAUAAUGGAUAGCAAAUUUCACUGAACAUGUUGGCAUCAGGGACGGCUAAUGUGUAGUGGGCAUCAACCUUUAUUUUUUUACAUUUAUAUUCUGCCUUUCAUCCAGCCUGGAACCCAGGGUAGCUUACAUGUGGUUUCCAGGCAGUCUCUGCACUGAUCAGACCCAAACCUACUUCGCUUCUGCAGGGUGGUAGCCUCAUGGGGCCUUCAGACCAUACCCAGGGACCAUGCAGCUCUUCAACUUUCUUUCACUGUCAGUGACCAGUGGCAAAAUCUGGCGUGAUACACAUUCAAUUUUAAGCCAAUCCUAAUGCAUGGCAGACCGUAUGCACCCCCCGCAGGCUUGCAGUCCUUUACUUGCAGAACAUCUUAAAUAUGUCAUCCCUCCCACAAAGCUGUCUUCACAGGCUGUGGCUGCUUUUAUUGUGCUGUGUUCCAGACCUGUCUUGGGUGCUUUUGCGUGCAAUACUAGUCGCAAAUGACUCUCCUAUGAGUCAUUUGAUGGGAUGCAAGCAAUGUUACUUCUCACACCCCACUGUUGGGGUAUCUUAAUCAUACCUAUAAGACGAAGGAGUUUGUCCGAAUCUGUGCUUCUCAAAAUAUUUUGAGUGUUAAAGGCAUCAUGGUUUUGUUUUGUUACAUUUCAGGAUUACAGCAGUGACUGGAGCCCUAAAGACACAGUAAGACGGCUGCAGAGAGGCAAGGUGAGACUCUUCUUCCCUGCUUCUGAAAGGGCCAGCCUUUGAAUUUUUGGGUGGUGCCUCCCAUGCAUAUCCAUUUCUUCUGCUCAUGCAUGUCAACGCUGGAGAUGCGGCUGUUGGUGGCUUUUCAGAGUUCUCUGUCUGAAAAGGAGGAGUUGAGGUCCUGCAAAUGUCAGGAAUGCCAGGGGAUUAUAGCAGAGGUAGCAGACUCUGCUCCACAGUUGAAGCAUGUAAAAAAUGGCAAGGAAUAAUAUGUUAUUUCACUGACAGCUUUGGAGCAGGUAUCCCGAGAAAGCAUCCAUAGAUCUGGUGCAGGGCUCUUUAUGCUUUCUGUUGGUAGAUCAAAGGGGAAAGUUAUUUUUGGUGAAUAUAGAGGUAAUACACAAGCUGCUCCUGGCUGCUUGAGAACUGGCGAUGAGCUGAUAUGCCACACAACAUCUGUGUUUAGGAAACCUUUCUGUAACCUUUAGAAAGUGAAUUCUCAUCAGCUCAUCAGUUUCUGCUUAGUUUAUCAGCUCUGUAGAUUUAGACCAGGGGUAGUCAAUCUUUUUAUACCUACUGCCCACUAAUGCAUCUUUCUUGAUGGUUAAAUUUCCUUACCGCCCACCAGUGCUCAAUGGAAGGAGGAUUCAGCUUGUGCUAUAGAACCCCCUACCGCCCACCUAGAAUCCUGAAACACCCACUAGUGGGCAGUAGGGACCAGGUUGACAAGCCCUGAUUUAGACAGUGGGUUCCUAACAAAGAUUUUGCGUAGUGAUCUAAGACCUGCAGUUGGGAUAGAAUGACCAAAAUUAUUUUUCUGAAAGAGGAUUCCUGUUGUACAAAUCCCCAAUAAGGACUACAUCCCAGUGUGUGACUGCUCACAUUGCAAAUUCAUGGACGGAGAAGCACAUGAUAAGCUGUCUGUCUUGGUGGCUCAGAAUAAUUUUAAUUGUGCCAAGACUACCACUCUGGCAACAAAGGCUUCCAUUGGUGUGUCUUGGCUCCUGAACCGCAUGGAGAACAAAUGACACAUACAAAUGAUAACCAAGUGCAGCUCCACUUCUUAGGAGUUUUAUAAUGAGCCACCUGUGUAGCUCCCUGUGUGAAGCCGGCCUCCACUCAGAUAAUCCAGGUUCCUUGCUAAUCCUUCCAUUAUUGUUAUUCCGUUCUAGAUCUGCUCACUGGAGAGGUUUCACUCCCUACAGGACAAGCUGCAGCUACUGGAUGAAGCUGUUGCAGUGCAUGAUGGGAAUGUCAUUACAGCCGUAAGUGCUGUGAUCUUACAACGUAGGGCAGAACAGAAUGGGGGAUACAUGGCUACAGCAUAAUAUGAUCCCAUUAACUUCUGGUUCCGUGGCCAUUUGCAUCUGAAUGUGGGGUGUUUUGCAAUAAGUUUUCAUAUAUUGGUUCUAAUUUACUAGAAUUGAGUUUUAGAUACUGGUUUCGUUGAUUGGAAAUAUUAGGUUGCAUUUUAGGAGACAAGGCAUUUCCUCAACUUCCCUUGCCUCCAAGGAUAUGAGGUAUAAAUGAACCUUAUGAAGCUCUUUGAAUAUUUUCCCUGAAAUGUCCCAAGGUCCAGAUGCCAUGUAAAUGUUUAGGUUUCUAUCGCAGCAGAAAAACACAAGUGUGCUUUUUCAUAUACAAGGUUCCACUAUAAGUGACCUCCCAGUUAGGUUAAUGAGAUGGGAAAGAUUAUUUCCUGACACCUUUGAGAACUUCUGCCUGGCUAGUUGAUUCUCCUGGGUUUUGUAGGCCACUGGCUUUACCAUCCAUAUGAAAUCAGUUUCUCUCCAGUUCUAGGCAGAUACCACAAAUCAAAACAUAUUUUUUGUGAAUCUAACUAUUUGAAUUCCUGCAUUGCAGGAGUAGGUGACCCCCUGGGUCCCUUCCAACUCUAGAAUUUGAUGAUUAUAUGAACUGCACUGUGACUGUAAUAAAAUGUGAAUUUUAGUAAAUCUCACUUGAUCUAACCAUCGUCCACAAAAACCUACCUGAGAUAUUGUAGCAUUUCCUAAAAGUGCCAAAUCUUUGUUACAUGCCUAGAAACUAUUUUUUAUUUGUAAGUUUGUCAGUCUUUGUGAAGUUGUUUUCCUGACACCAUUAGAAUGAAGGGCAUAUUUCAUUGACACCUAUCUCGUGCUCCAUUUCCCCAGAGGCAACUACCCUACUACUUAAAUAUAAAGCAGAUUAGUAUAAAGUACAGCCAGAACCAGAGAGACUUCCAGCUGUUGCAUCUGCUUCCUAAGCAACCAUUUCCAGUUAUGCCUCAGGAUUGUGGCAGAAAAUAAGCACCUUGUUGUCCAUUUUCUUUCAGAUCCUAAUAUUUCUGAAGAGAACCUUGAAGAAAGGUAUGUGUGCCUGAAAGGUGGCUAGACCCAGUGGCAGGGAGCCAGGGCAGAUUGGCUGCCUUUCCAGACCAUUAAGAUUACAAUUUUUUUUUUUUGCCUCCUUAUCACAGCAUUUGUGUUCAUCAUAAUUUUAGUGCCAACAACUAGAAGGGGGUAGCUUUGCUUGGAGUGGGAGGGGAACAGCCUUGCUGCAGAGGUUGACUAUAGCUGCACUUUGCUAAGCAUGGAGAGAUUGGGGGAUGAGGAAUGUUGUCACUCAUCAGAGAUCUGAUGAGUACCAUUUGUGCAUCACAUUCUAGACCAGGCUUCCUCAGCCUCGGCCCUCCACAUGUUUUUGGCGUACAACUCCCAUGAUCUCUAGCUAGCAGGACCAGUGGUCAGGGAUGAUGGGAAUUGUAGUCUCAAAACAUCUGGAGGGCCGAGGAUGAGGAAGCCUGUUCUAGACAGCAUUAUUGCAGCUGACGUAUUGGGAGGGAGUGACGGAUGGAGAAGGAGCUGCACUUCCUCUGUGGCAAUAUUUUGCCUUUUGAAUGGUGGGAAAAUGCAAUUUAUUCACCAUGGAAAUGGUGCCUUGACACAGACAUUUGGGAUCCAAGUCAGCCAUUGAGUUGACAAAAGCUGCCUCAGGUGACCGAUUAGCACUGACAUUUGGAUUCAGUGCCCAAAAUCAAUAACUUGAUUAAUCCAAGAUGGCCCCAGUUUAGGCUUUCACCUGUUCUGACAAACUAUAUGAUGACAAUUGUGUGCAUCCCAGACCAUUAGCCAUCUUUAUUAUUGGAAAUGAAAUCUAUUAAGAUAAAAGAAAGUGCUCUGCCAUCUUCCUGCUAGUACCUGAUGUGAAUGAGAUUGAUUCACUCCUGACCAGGCCAAUCAAGCACUUCUUGUCUGUUCAUCCAGAAAUCCUGUUCAGAGAGCUGGAGCUGCGGCAGGUGGCCUUGCGCCAUUUAAUACACUUUCUCAAGGAAACGGGGGACCAAAAACUUCUCCUGGACCUGCUGAGGUAGGAUCCCACUGGAGCAAUUCUUGUUUUGCAGGGCAGUUUUACCUGCCAAGUAAUAUGUAAAAAAAUGCAUAUGCUAGAGUCAAGUAUAUGUAAAAACUCUUAUAUCAAUGAAAAUAAGAUACAAUGAUGCAUUAUAUUCAGAGCAGUUGUUUUGCAAGAAUGUGUAUAUUGGGGGUAUUUGGGGCAAAAAUAGAAAAUUUGUAUAUUAGCAGAAAUUCACAGUCAAAUGCUGAUUAAUUUUCACGAGGACUUAAAAAAAAUCACAAACUAAUUUGAAAAUCUGGGGAACUGAAUUUUAAGAAUGGAAGAAUGAGAAACUGAAAUGGAGAGAUUUGCUCAACCUUAGUGCUUAGCAGGACUGAUGCUUGUUUUUCCUCUGCAGGUUCCUGGACAGGACAGAGGAGGUUGCAGUGAGUAUCCAUAAUGCCCUGGCUCACUUCUUAUUUGUAGGAAACAAGGAUGUCCUGAGACAUCCACUCAGGGCCGGCCCCAGCAGACUGAAGCAGCUGCCUCAGGUGGCAGAAUCCCAUAGGGUGGCACCCCCACAAGCAUUCCUGCUGCUGCCAGGGUUGCAGGAUGGCUUCUGGUGGGAUCUUGCCAGAAGCCACAGCCACAUAACCCCAGUAAGCAAGGCUUCAGCUGCAGGGAGGCGGCAACACCUUCCCAUUGCACCUUAGUUGGCAAAACAGGACAGGCCACCCCUGCAUCCAUUCAAUAUAUAUGUACUCUGCACAUCCCACUAGUUUAAGCCAACCCCUCUUGAGCCUGCCGUGUGUGUCUGUUCCUGCCUUCUCCAGUUGACACAGUACCGUGAGCACCUGAUGAUCCAGGAUGUGGAGAAACGAAAGGAGUUUCUGAAAGGUUGCGUUGGGUAAGUAGGUUAUACAGACAUUCGUUUUUAUAGGAUGAAAUCAGUUUGAGCCCUAGACGUGAGGUGAUUGCCAGUAAGCAGAAUGGCUUUACUGUUCCCGCAAACCAGGAAGGGAAAGAGCAAUGAAGAAAAGCUUUAAAAUUCAGAAAAAUUGUGAGAGGACAUGACAGCAGUCCCUAACAUUACGUUAGAUGUGGAGAAAUGAAUAGAGAGGCAUUUUUCUCCCUCUCUCCUAGUACUAGAACCCAGGAUCAUCCAGUGAAGCUGAACAGUGGUAGGUUCAGGACAGACUGAAGUAGGGUUGGGGAACCUGUGGCUUCCAGUUGUUGUUGGACUCUUUAACUUCCAUCAGCCCCAGUCAAUAGGACCAGUGGUCAAGGAUGAUGGGAGCUGUUGUCCUGCAACAUUGGGAGGGCCAGAGGUCCCCCAACCCUGUUAAAGAUCUUAGGGCCAAUCCCUGGCAUUUUCCAGUAGGCCAGAAAUUGAAAGCAGCUCAUUUUUAGGGUGUGCAGGGAGCUCCAAAAAUAACCACCAACGUAGUUCAUAAUAUACACUUCAACAUUGUCAACUGGAACUAAGGAUGGACAAAAUCAGCAAACCUUCUAUAUAUAAAAGGAGAAAUCCAAAACUGAAGAGAAACUCUUCUCCAAUUUAGGUUGCCAUUUUCAUUGGAAGAUGCUGCUCAUGUUCAAGACCAUUAUACGCUUCUGGAGAGGCAGAUCAUCAUUGAGGUAAGGUCUCUUGCUCCGCCUUUGGGCACAUGUGACUGGGAAUUCUCCCUCCUGACUCUGAUCUGUUUGCUGUAAUACCAAAGCUUCCUACUUGGAUUGAAAGGGGGGAAAUUACUAGGGGCUUGGCUUAAUCAAGCAAGUCACAUCUAGGAUGUAAGAUGGUUUUCUUGCUGUAGCCAGUCCAUCAUGAUAGAUGAUGAGAGACUGUUUAGUCUUCAGGUCAUGCUGAUAACUUACAGCCCUGCACUGAUUUAUAAGACUUGGCUGUAAAAGAUUACUAUUCUUGCUUUAAAGAAACAACCUGAAACUCCUGCUGUUAUUAAUAAUAAGUAAUAUGCCAUUGGAAGCCUGACCUUUUAAUUAUUUUUAUUUUAUUUCAGCUAUUUUUAUACCACUUAACCACCAAAGUUUCUAAGUGGUAUACAUAAAGAUUACAAAAAGCAUGCAGUGGAUAAAAUCAUACAGUGGCUCUGUCUCUGAUAACCUUCCACUGGCAGGCAUUUUUAGACAAGCUUUGGGCAUAUGGUGACUGGUAUGGCUAUUGUCAGUUUGCUGAAAUUAACUAUGUUUAUCAAUUUUAUUGUUGUGUUUUACCUGUCUUUACUGCUGCAUUUAUGUGUUUUAAUUUGUAUCUUCUCAUUAGCUGCCUUGAGCACCAUUUGGUGGAAAGGCAGGAUACAAAUUUUAACAAAUAUACUACUUGCAUUCCAUCUUUCCUCCAAGGUGCUCAGGAUGACAUGUAAGAAGUUUCCCUUUUCCCUCCUGCACAACCCUGUGAGGUAACUUGAGCUGAAAGACAGUGGCUGGACUAAGAUGACUAAGAGUGCAGCCCACUGUCCACUUACCUGGGAGUGAGCCCCACUACCUGUAGUGGGCCUUAUUUCUGAGUAAAUGCUUGUAGGAUUUCUGCCUCAGCAUGCCUCAUGAUUUGAGCUGAGAUUUAAAACUGGUCAUCCUUGGCCCUAUAUUACCUUGUAAUUAUCCUUGUUUUUCACGCAGCAUGUUUUUUCUGGUCUCUCCCCCCCCCCCCCCAGGUAAAUGACAAGCAUUUAGAGUCAGCUGGGCAGACGGAGAUAUUUCGGAAGUACCCUCGAAAGGCCUCCAUCCUAAACAUGCCACUGGUCACCACGCUUUUCUACUCCUGCUUCUAUCACUACACGGAGACUGAGGUUAGGGUAACAAAAAUGACGGGUCCUCUGUAUUAGUUACUGAAGCCUCAUGCCAUGCCGAAAAAAAGGGUGCGCAAGAUUUGACUCACAUGGCCUGGCCAACCAAAGUAGCCUGUUGCCUCCAAAUUGGCAAUAUGCUGCUCAAGUAUUGCAGGAUUUCCGAGAGAGUGAAUAGCUGGGCUGGGUAUAGGGAUAUUGUAUGGGAGACUCCUUCCUGUCUUAUGUACUUGGUUCAACCAGUUCCCAUUAUAAUAAAUAUUAGCUAUAACUGGAAGAUAGUAAUGCACCAUUAGUAAUGCAGUGGUUGUUAAAGGUUUGGAACAUCAUAUUCCAAAAGUAGCAAAAUAAUAAUAAGAAUAAUAAUAAUAAAGAAGAAGAAGAGUGGCUAGCUAGAGGUUAGCUAACAAGUUAAGUGAGCAUUGGGUUUUAAAAAUAAUAAUUUACUGAAAGGAAAGGUACAUUGUACUUUUCCUUUCAGUAAAUUAUUAUUAUUAUUCAGUAAAUUAUUAUGUAUAGUUAUUUUUUGUGUUUGCAAAUGUGUGUAAAGAUGAACAGAUGGAUAGAUGGAUUAGAUGUGAAAAUGCUAAAAUAAAUUUUCUGGCAUUAUAGACUUUAAGUCAGUUCUUGAUUUGUUGUAGCAGAGCUAAAGGAGACUAGGUUUUAGAGAGUAUAGAGUGCAGAAAGAGGUGAUCAGAAUAUCACCAGUUUUCUGUAAAUUGCCUGCCAUUUAUAGAAUAGAAUAUUACAGAAUAGUUGAGGUACCAACUAGGAUGGGUCAUCACUAUCCCCUCUCCUUUGUUAAAUUUGCCAUGUCUCUUCUUUCCAGGGAACAUUCAGUAGUCCAGCAAACUUGAAGAAAACCUUCAAGGUAAGGGAGCUAUCUGCUGGGUAUAAUAUCUGUGCAUUCUAGGAGAGGGCAACACUGUUAGAAAUGUGCAGUGGAAAUAAGGCAAAGGUGUGCUUUGGGUGAAGGAAUUAAGUCCUACAACAGAUGACCAAGUCUAGCUGCAGCAGCUCAGUAUAGCAAAGUUCAUUGCACUGGCCUUUAGCACUUCAGUUUGGCAUUGUGCCUUCCAGAUAUUGCUGCACUCCAUCUAGUUGCUGGGUUGUACCUUAAGAAUUGAUUGGUGCCAACCAGGAGCUCACAACCCAACCUGCUGUCAAUCCCUGUUCUAACAUUUCAAUGUUUCUGCCUUCUAGAUCCCAGACAAACAGUAUGUGCUGACAGCCCUGGCUGCUCGUGCCAAACUCCGGGCUUGGCAUGAUGUAGAUGCUUUGUUCACCACCAAGGUGAGUCAGGGUGGUUUUCUCAAAGCCUGGGUCAAAUAUUGGGCCUUCAUUGGCUCACAGAUCACCCGGGAUCUGCCAAUAGAUCCCCGUCUAUAUACUUGCCACCUCUGCUUUAAGAUACCUGCCCUCCUGUAAUACACUAGAGGUCAUCUCAUCCAUCAGUAGAUGCUUGUUUCAGGCCUCUUUCACUCUUUCCCUUUAAGGAUCCGGCACAGACUGAGAAUACAGUGGUAGAUGUGGGAGGCUGUUCAUAAAUUCUGCAGUCAGCCUCCAUUGGAAAAGAGCAGCAUCCUCAGCCAAAGGAAGGAUGCUUUUGCCAUUUGAGUGUAUAAGGAGGGGCAUGCAGACAGAGGAGGAGCUGCCUUGAACAUCCUUUGUUUGCUGUUAAAAGUUUUUUUGCUGCAUUUCCCAUCCUGAAAUCUCUGGGUUGCUUUUGUCACAAGAUCUAAUGUUACUGUGAUUUUUGUAUUGUGAUUUCAGAACUGGUUGGGCUACACUAAAAAGAAAGCUCCUAUUGGUUUUCAUCGGGUAGUGGAGAUCUUGCAACGGAACAAUGCCCCAGUACAAGUAAGUGAGUGACUUGCCCUGUUUCAGCAAACCAGUAUCCUGCCUCUGAAGUUAGAGACUUCUAACUCUACCCUGCAAUUUCUUCAUGUCUGCCACAAGUAUACUCAUCUUCAUUUGGUUGUGCAUAAGAUGUUGGAAAGGAAAAGCCCCUCUGGCUGUGCUUGGUUUUCCUACUCCAUGAUGGUUUUCUCAAUCAAAUCUAUCUUUGAGUUAAUUUAUCUUUGUUUGACAUAUGGAGGAUGGGGUUGCUGGCUUGACCGUGUGCCUUUUGCAUUAUAUUUUUUUUAAUAUCCAGAAAUAUAAACAAGAAUAAAUUUAAGCAAAAGCAACUCCCUUUGAUGGAGUGCAGGCGCAGAGAAAUAUGGUUUACAGAUAAACUUGGGAGAUGGAGAAGAGUAGUUUUGGAUAGCUCUGCUCUGUUGAUGCUUCCUGUCUUUCUUAUGCAGGUCUUACAGGAGUACGUGCGCCUGGUAGAAGAUGUUGAGACCAAGUUGAACCUUGCAAUGAAAUACAAGUGCCAUGACGUUGUUAUAGAUGUGAGUCCUUGCUGUGUGUGGUGGGGAGGAGGAGGCAGCUCUUGUUCCUGACUGUUCUGGGAAGUCUGUCCUUGGACAUAAGACGCUGCCUUUAUACAGAGUCAAACCAUUGGUCCAUCUAUCUCAGUGCUGUCUACACUGACUGGCAGCAGCUCUCCAGGGUUUCAGACAGAGGACAUUCCCAGCCCUACCUGGAGAUGCCCGGCGUUGAAACUGUUUUAUACAAGGCAGCUGCUCUACCCCUGAGCUGCAUUUCUUCCCCAGAGGAUAAGAACUACCUCCUUUCCAAAAAGGUUGAAGUGAAAGCACUGAUUCUCCACUGGGGUAGUGCUCUGUCCCAAGGAUCCAAAUACAGACCAGCGUGAAAGAUUUACUGAUACCCCUAAGGACCCAGUUGCAGGGAUUCCAAAGAAAGAUGCCCAGAACACCUGAGUGAUCUGUCCUAGUGCUUUAUUAUAGAGCGAUACAUCAAAAGACUCAAAUAAAACAAUACAAUUCUGGAUUCCUUGCUUCACCUCAGAAUGGAUGCUGAAGUAGCAAGCACCAUAGCUUUAUCCAUGAGGGUUUAAUAUGUUAAGUGUUACUUAUACAAAAAGCAAGCCGCAUAAACUGGCAGCAAUAGUCCAGGUAACUCACCCCUGCCUUAGAGGCCCGUUCCCAACUCUCAUCCAUCUCUCAGAAUAGCUGGCAGGCAGCCAAUGGGCCUGGGUAACAGCUUCCCCUCUCCCAAUUAUGCCAAAAGCUAAGGCUGUAAAGCAAGCACAUAAGCAUAUGUGAUAUGUAGCAACUCAUACCAAUUAAUUCAAGAUGACAUUUACAUGCCUUUCACCAUUUGGUUCCACACAGGCAGCUUAUUUACUUAAAGCAUAUCUAUUCAACUUUCAUCAAGCAGAGUCCAGGGCAGCUAGCAAACAACACAAAAUUAAAAGAACAUUAUAGUACAAAAGCAAAAUGAUAAAGAUGACAGCAAGGCUAAGAACAAUGGAGUAAAAACCGCAUUCUUCCACCAAAACCCAAUUCUAUUAGUAAGAGUUUCCAGCAGAGUUAAAAACUAUUUUCUAGCAAUGCUUAAGAUGCCUAAGUUUCAAAAGCUGUCCGUCUAAAAGGAAUGCCUUCAUUUGAUGGUGGAAUGCCAUUAAUGAUAGGCCAAAGUUAGUGUCUCCUGGGAGGGAGUUCCAGAGUGCAGGCACUGAGAAGGCCAACUAUGCUCUAUCACUGUGAGAUAGAGGACUGCCGUGUACCUUAGCUGGCUUUUGCUUUUUAACUAGACCUACAAAGACUUGAAGGAUCGUCUCCAGUUGAUGGCGUACAGAUGUAAAGUUGAUCGGGGUUCUCCAGCAGAGGAGAAGAUUGAUAGCAUCCUCAGCAACCCGGUAAGAAAGAACAACUCAUUCACACAGUUUGCUCCAGGGCCGUCUUUAGCAUAUGUGGUGCAGGGGUGCAAAAACCUGGCCAGCACCCCCAUUUUGGGGGGGGAGCAGGUCAAGGUUGUUGAGCUUUUUAUAGAGGGGCAGCUCAUAAGUCAUCAAAAGCGGCAACAAUAACUUCAUCUUUCCAUUUUUGCGAUCAUGCAAAAAUGAAGACACCACUAGGGGGCACCGCCAGAUACGUUGAUUCUGCAGCUGUUCCGCAAAAGAAAACAGAAAUGAUCCAUCACCCGGGGGUCGCAGUUUAGAGCUUAGGUGGCUUCAGCGGUGGCUGCCCCCCAGAAUUUGGCGCCCGGGUGCACCGCACCCCUUGUGCCCCCGGGUAAAGACAGCCCUGGUUUGCUCUCAUUCCGUUUUUUUCCAGGUGCUAGCUUUGAUUUAGUUGCAGAAAGUGGGGUUGAGCAAUAAGGGCAAGCAGAAGUGAUGUUGGGAAGAGCAGUUGAUAACUGUUUAGUGAUCCUGCUGUUGGCUCUUGUCACAGCUUUAUCCUUUCAUUUUCUCAUGAGUGGUAGACAUCAUCAAACUCAUACCACAUGCCAACUUUUUUUGUAAGGGGGACUCCUGUGAGAUAGUGGUAUGACUUGUAUAUCGAGGCAAAACAAAACAAAAGCCAAGUACUUAAUUCGUUCCGGAGGUCUGUUCUUAACCUGAAGCACCACUUUAGCUAAUGGGGCCUUCUCCUGCUGCCGCGCCACCAGAGCACGAUUUCUGUUCUCAUCCUGAAGCAAAGUUCUUAACUCGAGGUACUAUUUCUGGGUUAGCAGAGUCUGUAACCUGAAGCGUAUGUAACCCGAGGUACCACUGUAUCUGUGUUCCUUUAUCAUGCCAGGCAGUUGCUUUUGAGAGUCAACUGUUAGCUUGCAUCUUUUCCCCUGCUGCCUCCAGAAAUCCAAUUCUACCUUUCAGAUUCAAUUUCAUUUCCAAUUUACAAUGUAGUAGUGACUUGUAACAGUAUACAGCUAGAAACCAAGAAAAUUCAGGACAUGAUUUCUGUGUACAAAAUCCUUCUCCUAAAUCAGAAGCUUAAAGACUUAAUCCCCUUUAAUGAUACAGAUGGCAGUAAAACUUACCUUCUACUUAAUGGAGAUGAUUUGUGCAAGUUAACUGCUUGUUGUUUGCUUUCCUAUAUGUCCUAUAAGCUUGUGUGAAACAGGGCUUCUAACGUGGGUUUUUAAUUAAUCCAUUUCAAGCAUUAACCCAAGAUUGCUGGCUUUCAUUUGGCUCUUCUGUUUCUACCGGAUUGUCACUUAGCUGCACUGAAAGUAAAGUCUAAUAUCUCUAUUUUGGUUAAAAGAUUAAAAUAUAUAAUUUUACUCCCAUUGUUUUCUCACAAAUUGAGUAUGGAGUCCUCUCUCCCCAUCUGUUUUGACAGGUGUAGGUUAACUGGCUCAUGUCCAGGCAGCCGGGAGGUGUGAUGAUAUUUGAAACUAGCCGUAUCUCAUUCUGUUUCUCUUUCAGCAAAUCCGAUGGAAGAAUUGAGAGCUGCUCACUCAUCAUGGAAGAAGCCUGAUUUUACUGGAACAAUGAAGGCAAGCUGCCAAACAUAGCUCUGCAUUGGUUUUAAUCCACUGCCCAGAUUGUAGCUGGCUCUGCUUUUGGAUCCUGGGACAGAACCCAAAGGAGAUGUUCAGCCAACAGAACCAAAGCUAAAAAGCUGAAAUCCAGCACUCUCUUUUCAACUUGACCAUAUGACGAACAGAACAUGAUUGUAUAAAUGAGAAAAGUAAAGCUGGCACCUAACCACUUCUUGCAGACUAUCUGUUCAUCUGAGUCAGGAAGGAUGGCUCCCUGUGAAAUUGUUAUUUAUAGGAAUUGUUUCCAGUCCUUUCAUUUUAUCCAGGUCCAAAGUGCGGGACAGUGACUGCUUUGAUAGGAUUGAAACUCAAGAUAAUUGGGAUUUUUAUUUAACUGAGGAAGGGCUGUAUAAAGAUUCUUCAAGGCAAUCUAACCCCACCCAUGUUCUUCUCCCCAGAUCAUUGUAUAAUAACCACUUGCCUUUAGGCCAAGGAGAACAUAAAACCAAUUCUAGUUGGAGACUGACUAAUAUGCUUCUUGGACAAUGGUUGCAUUUUCCCUCAGCAAGGGCUAAUAAGACUACUUGUUCUGUGGUACUUAUUUCAUAAAAUGUACCACAGGCCUGGAUCCCUUUCUCUUCUGCCCUCUUUCUCCUUCAUUUUUUCCAUUCCUGUAAAUAAAGCUUUGCCUCCCUCUGUGUGACUGCAA